CCCCCCCCCUCCCCCUCCUUUAUUUUCUUCCUCGCAAACUCUCUUUAUGUAUUUUUAGGUGAAUUAACCGAUAAGGAAGAAGAAGAAGAAGAAAUUUAUCCGUCUCUCGGUUAAACUCUGUGAGGGAGUUUUUUUAUUUGGGUGUUUCCAACACCACCUCCCCCCCCCCCCCCCCCCCCCCCCCCACCUCCCUCCCACUUCCAUCCCUCCCUCCGACUCUCUCCUCCGGGCCUCGGGUCUGAGGGGAUUUUCCUUCCGCUCUCUCCCCGAUCCCCCGCCCCGGGGCUCGGCUGUCCCCGGCUGCCGGCAUGGGCUGCACCAUGAGCGCCGAGGACAAGGCGGCGAUGGCCCGGAGCAGAAUGAUCGACCGCAACCUGAAGGAAGACGGCGAGAAAUCGUCCCGGGAGGUCAAACUUCUGCUACUGGGUGCUGGAGAAUCUGGGAAAAGCACCAUUGUAAAACAAAUGAAAAUCAUUCAUGAGGAUGGGUACUCGGAGGAGGAGUGCAAACAGUAUAAAGCAGUGGUUUAUAGCAAUACAAUUCAGUCCAUCAUUGCUAUAAUCAGGGCCAUGGGGCGGUUGAAGGUUGAUUUUGGAGACCCAAUAAGAGCAGAUGAUGCCCGCCAGCUGUUUGUCCUAGCAGGAACCACAGAGGAAGGGAUCAUGACAACAGAACUUGCAGGAGUUAUCAAAAGAUUAUGGCAGGAUGGUGGUGUUCAGGCUUGUUUUGGUAGAUCCAGAGAAUAUCAGCUGAAUGAUUCUGCAUCAUAUUAUUUGAAUGAUUUGGAUAGAAUAUCCUUACAAGGCUACAUCCCAACUCAACAAGAUGUUUUGAGGACCAGAGUGAAAACUACAGGCAUAGUGGAGACACACUUUACCUUCAAAGAACUGUAUUUUAAGAUGUUUGAUGUAGGAGGACAGAGAUCAGAACGGAAGAAGUGGAUUCAUUGCUUUGAAGGUGUAACUGCAAUAAUAUUCUGUGUGGCAUUAAGUGAUUAUGAUCUUGUGCUUGCUGAAGAUGAGGAAAUGAACCGAAUGCAUGAGAGCAUGAAACUUUUUGAUAGCAUCUGCAACAACAAGUGGUUUACAGACACAUCCAUUAUUCUGUUCCUGAAUAAAAAGGAUCUGUUUGAAGAGAAGAUUAAGAGAAGUCCUUUGACAAUUUGUUACCCAGAAUAUACAGGAUGCAACACGUACGAGGAAGCCGCAGCAUAUAUUCAGUGUCACUUUGAAGAUCUGAACAGACGAAAAGAAACCAAGGAGAUCUACACCCAUUUCACAUGUGCCACAGAUACCAAGAAUGUGCAGUUUGUGUUUGAUGCUGUGACAGAUGUCAUCAUCAAAAAUAACUUGAAAGAAUGUGGAUUGUACUGAGACAUGUUAUUGAGAGAGCAUCCAGGUGCUUCUUUUGUUAAUAAAAAGGAGCCUGCAGGUGAACCAUUUUAUUUCCUGGUUAUGCUGCCUGCCAAAGGGAACAGGUUAGAAGAGAAAUGACUGCGUCAUGAGGGAGGCUGCAUGCAAGAUAUUGAUUCAGUUACUAAAUAUGUAUUAUGAACACCUUUAAGAUUGUAUUUUAGUCUGAAAUGAGUAAGUACCUAAUGUACUUACACUGAUUCAGCAUUAUGUUCAAGAAAACUUUGUUCAUUCUUUUGUUUCUGGUUAUUCUUCCUGUCUUCUGUAUGUUAAUAUGCAAUUGUGUUGAUUGACCAAAAUAUGGUGAAAUCCAUGACCAUUAGAUUACUUUUUAAGAAGGCAUUUCAUCAAGUAUUCUUGCUCUGCGUUUGUUGCCAAACAUAGCUAAAUUUUGUAACACCAUGAAUUGUUGAAACUUUUGUUAUAACUGAUCAUCACUCCUUUUACUAGCCCUAAAUGACACCUGGACCAAUAUGAAAUUCAAGGAUUGUAUUAAGUUGUGUUUCUUGUUAACAUGCAAAACAUUAUAUCCUGUGACAUUAAUGUUAGUUCUGAUUAGCCCACCAAAAGGAAAACCUAACUCUACAGUACAAACUUCUGUAGGCUGACACCAAUGUAAAUUAUUUCAAAUAUAUUUGCCCAGUUAGAAAGUUGUAUCAAGAUCCACAAAAUAUAGUGACUUCCGAACGUCCAAUGGUUUAGUAUUAUUAUGUAGUUGUGGUUAAAACUAUGCACUGCCAUUGGAAUUUAAAGUGCCAUCUAUUGUUCAAGGUUUGCCAAAUAUACAAACAUUGCAUGGCUUAAGAUCUAGCCAGUCAAAAUCAAGCCAAACUUUUCUAAUGAAUUACCCAUUAUAUUGUUGUAUCACGCCUACUUUUAUUUCAGAAUUGGUGCCUGUUGACCUUUUCUUAAAAUGCAGGGAUUUUAAUCUGGAACUCCAUUAAACAAUAGAAACAACCAUGACCUAAAAAGAGUUUGAAUAUCAUGGUUAUAAUCUGUGAAGUAGUGUAGUACUACUAUCACUUGGUUAUUUUUAUUAUAUAAUACAGUACUGCCAUAUGGACCAUGAGAGUAAAAUAAAAUCAUGAAAAACCUUAACCAAUUUUUAUAUAUAUAUAAUAAAAUAUAUAUAUAUAUAUAAAAUAUAAUUAUAUGUAUGAAAAGUAAGUUCUGUAGGAACUUCCGUUUUUCCCCAGUGAAAAGGCCAUCCAUUCUAAGCAUUCAACCAGCCUUUGCCAUAGUUGGUAAUAACUUGUACCAUAGUUGGUUCACAUGCCUUAGAAUUGUUAAACAUGCCACAUCUGGUGGUUACGUUUCACUAUGAUUUAUAACUAAACAACCUUGGGGACUAUCUAUUUAAUAAUCUUUCCCCCAACCCCUUCUUCCCCACUGCUCCAAAUAAACAGUUGUCACACACAAGUUAUGUUGAAAUUUAAUGUCUGCAAGUUGCUAUAUGGUUUUCUUUUAAGAUGGCUCUGAAAUUUCAUCAAGCAGACCCAAUUUUUUGGUGUCAGUCAGAAAAGCCAAUCCAUUUUCUGGUGUUCAUUGAAAUCUUUUGAGUAUUAAUCUAUGUUUAGUCAGAAUUGGAAUGUUACAGAUUUUUUUUUACUUGAAUUGCUCGUGUUAUUGCUUGCUUUUAUGCCUGGAAAACUCACCUCUAGCAAAUACAAUUUUAAAGAGAAAAAUUAAAAUUAAUGUCAAACCACAUUUGGCACAACAGGUUGUUGUGAAUGACUGAGUCAGUGAUGAUUUUGAUUUAGUAUUUUUAAGUGACUCAAUCAAAAUAAAGUUGGAGACUUGCUAUGGUGAGGCCAGGCUUUGGAUCCCAUAAUGAUUGUGUUUCCAAAUGCUAUAGCGCACAUUGUUUAUCACACAUAUAUGUUCUAUCCUGUUCGGUCCUCUAGGUUUUUCCAUGUGCUGGUCGUUCUGAAUGAACAAUUUUUGUUCUUUCAGUUCCUAUUACUCCUAUAUUUGGGGUAAAAAGUCAAAUUUUAUGACAAUUCCAUGAAGUACAGGUUAGAAUUUCUUCUAUGGUCUGCCACUGCUGGGAUAGGCCUCAUAGAAGGUUAGAAGAAUUUUCUUUCCAUACAAAUUAUUAUAUCAAAUGUGAUGCCACAAGUUAUUGCUUAUAAGGGAGUUGGCACAUAUCUGGAGUCAUUUUUAAGGAUAUAAGCCAGAUGGACAAUGGGAUUAAAAGAGACCAGUGUAGAUAUGUGUGCCAAACAAUGGCUUCUUGUGCCCAAUUUCAAUGAUUCAUGCAUCUCAGCAGCAGUACCUUUGGUGGGAAAUAAUAUACAGCUCAUAGAGCAUUUUGGGUGGGGUGGCGCUUUUCAAAAGAAUCAGUGGCCAAUUUGGUGAGCUGCCCAAGAUAUGUUAAACAAGAACUUGGUGACCUUCAUCAUUUCACUGUAGUAAAGCUCAAUCUUUGGUUUUCUGUAACUGCAGACUUAUGUCAAAAUCUGAGACAUCUGUGGGGAAAAAUGACCCAUUGUAUAUCGAUAUUCAUAUGUUUAAAUGUAGAAUAUAAUUCAGUGGGAAAAGUAACUGAUGCAUACUCUAAGAUAGUUUCAUUUCUAUAGGUAUGCUGUGCAUUUUAAGAAUAAAGGCAGUUGCCAACUCUACUUUUAUGAUUAUAGGCUGUGGCUUAUGAAGUGUUUAACAUCUCACAGCAGCUGGUGUGGUUUGGUUUUCUUCAACCUUUAAUGUGUGCAAUUUUUCCUCAAAUUUCAAACAGUUUACAGCCUGCUGCUCAGUUGCUGAUUUCAUGCAGCCAGAAAGUUCAUCUAAUUUACAGCAGGGAAUAUCUAGUAGAAAUCUCAUGUAGGGUGAGACCUCAGGUUUCACCUGAACAUUGAACAUGUGGGAAUUAGUGAUGAGCUGUCAGGAGGAAUAAAUUAAAGCACUGAUAUGGAGGUGGGAAUCUGAAGAGAGUGUUUCAGCAUUAAAGGAGAACAUAAUCUGUCCACAUCAGGGAAUGUGUGCAUGUUUGGAAGUGACUUUGGGCUCAUUGUUGGGAGUCACUUUGCUGAUUAAAGGUCUCCAUGGCUGCAUCUAUUGGACCUGGGUGUUUUUUUUUAAUGAUGAGUAAUGGUAAAACAUUCUGGAGGCUAUAAAAAAAUAGGGACUUGCACAUAGGGCCAGCCACGCUUGCAUUGCAUAUGAACAUCUAAUAUCCCAAGAGGGGAUUCUGAGAUUUACCUGAAAACUUGCUGAUAUCUGGAGGCUUGUAUGUGAAUAAAAUGCUUCUGAUGCAGUUGAGCCAUGUUUUCUGUCAUGGUGCACUUAGAGAACUGCCACUAGAUAAGUUGAGUCUUAAGUGUGUGGCCUUUCGCCAGAAGAAUGUAUUUGUCUAUACUUAAUAUAUAUAUAGCCUUACAUUUUUCAUGCAUUGAAGAAUAUUAAAACAUUUGUUUAUAGAAGUGGCAUUCAGUAAAACUCUUGCAUGUUAAUGCACUUAAGAACGAGUUUAUUUUGGAUUAAGUUGCUACAUAGCAAGUUCCUAAUCUCCAAUCAGCAGUUAGGAAGAGUAACAAGCAAAUCAAAUGGAAAGGAAGAUAGUUAUUACAAGACAGGCAGUUUAUGCAUAAUCUUUCACAGAGGCUAUUGGCAGAGAUUUUGAUAGGAUUAGCUGCCUGCUUCGGGGAUUUAGAGGGAAGAGCUUUGUUUAGCUUGGUUUGCACAUGAUCACUCAUCUGUUCACAUUUGAGUCCAUUUGAUGUCCUUGAUGAUACCUCAGCAUGUUUCAACAUUGACUCUUGCUAAGUUGUAGUUAUUUGGAUAACUUAAAUUUUGACAAUGAACUGUGAUAUUUUCUAAUAGCUCUUCUAAUCAUCCAAUGUAUUGAUUGUCUUUUUUAAAAAAAAAUUAUAAAUACCUAGUAUGUAUUUUGUAAAUUUGUGCCAAACUGCUAUCCUGUCAUUUUCAUUUCAUUUGGUAAACUAGUUGUUUUGACAUAUAUUGCUUUAUGGGUUAGACUGAGUCUUGUUUGUGCAGACUUUCUUUGUUACUGCAAUGGCACUUCUAAAUGGGAAAAUAUAGAUAACAUGGAGCUUGA